AAAAAUGUCAAAUAUUGACUUUAAAUCAUUAGAAAGAGCUGCCAAUGAAAGCAGAGGUUUAAGUAUGGAUGCUGUUGCUAAAGCUGCUUCAGGUCAUCUUGGUUUACCAUUAGGUAGUGCCGAAAUUGGUGCUGCAUUAUUUGGUAAUUGCUUACGAUACAACCCAAAUGAUACUAAAUGGUUAAAUAGAGAUUAUUUUGUAUUAAGUGCAGGUCAUGGUUCAAUGUUUUUAUAUUCAUGGUUAAGUUUAUCAGGCUAUGAUGUUUCAAUUGAAGAUAUUAAAAACUUUAGACAAUUAAAUUCAAAGACUCCAGGUCAUCCAGAAUUCCAUGAUACACCAGGUGUUGAAGCUACUACUGGUCCAUUAGGUCAAGGUAUUGCUAAUGCUGUUGGUAUUGCAAGUGCAUGUAAAAUGGCUGCUGGUAAAUUUAAUACCGAACAACAUAAAAUUUUUGACCAAAAAGUUGUUGUUUUAGUUGGUGAUGGUUGUCUUCAAGAAGGUAUUGCUCAAGAAGCUAUUUCAUUUGCUGGUCAUCAUCGUUUAGACAAUUUAAUUGUUUUAUAUGAUUCAAAUGAUGUUACUCUUGAUGCUAUGGCUAUCGAAACACAAUCAGAAGAUGCCACUAAAAGAUUUGAAUCCGUUGGUUUCCAAGUUCAAUUAGUCACCGAAGGUAAUAAUUUAGCUUCAAUCAUCAAUGCUUAUGAAAAUGCUAAACAAAGUAAAUCAGGUAAACCACAAAUUAUCAUUUGCAAAACUCAAAUUGCCAAAGGUAUUCCAGAGGUCGCUGGUACUAAUAAAGGUCAUGGUGAAGCUGGUGUUAAAUUUAUUGAUAGCGCUCGUGAAAAUCUUGGUCUUCCAAAAGAUAAAUUCUUUGUAUCAAAUGAAACCAGACAAUACUUUGAUCAACACAAACAACAAUUAAUUAAACAAUACCAAGAAUGGCAAUCACUCUUCCAACAAUGGAAAUCAUCAAACCCAAAAUUAGCCGAGCUCUUAGAAAGUGCUUCAACUAAACAUCAACCAAUUGAUAUUAUGAAGAAUAUUCCAGAAUUCCCAACCACCACCCAAAUUGCAACACGUAAAGCUGGUAGUGAUGUUUUACAACCAAUUUCUCAAUAUCUUCCACUUUCAGUUAGUGGUAGUGCCGAUUUACAUGGUUCAACUCUCAAUUAUAUUAAAGAAGGUCGUGAUUUCACUCCAUCAUGUCCAACCGGUAGAAAUAUUAAAUUUGGUAUUCGUGAACAUGCUAUGGGUGCAAUGAUGAAUGGUUUUGCUUAUCAUGGUCUUUUUAAAGUUUCAGGUGCUACUUUCUUAGUAUUCUCUGAUUAUCUUCGUCCAUCUAUUCGUUUAGCUGCUUUAUCACAUCUUCCAGUUACUUAUAUUUUCACUCAUGAUUCAAUCGGUGUUGGUGAAGAUGGUCCAACCCAUCAACCAGUUGAAACUGUAAGUGGUCUCAGAAUGAUUCCAAAUCUUAAUGUUAUUCGUCCAGCUGACCCAGAAGAAACUGCCGCUGCUUUCUCAUUAGCAUUUUCACGUGAAGAUGGUCCAACUCUUUUAGCUCUCACUCGUCAAAAUUUACCAUUCCUCCCAUUAGAUGCCCAACAUAAGAGAGAAGGUACACUUAAAGGUGCUUACAUUGUUGUCAAAGAAAAAUCACCAUUAAAAACCAUCUUUUUAGCCACUGGUUCAGAAGUCCAACAUGCAGUUGAAGCCGCCAAAGUUUUAGGUGAUGAUAUCCGUGUUGUUUCAAUGCCAUGCUCUGAAAUUUUUGAUCAACAAUCUGCCGAAUAUAAAGAAGAAAUCCUUCCAAAUUCAUGUAGAAAUAGAAUUGCUAUGGAAGCUGGUGUAACUUCAUUCUGGUGGAAAUAUGUUGGUCUUGAUGGUAAAGUUAUUGGUAUUGAUCGUUUCGGUAUGAGCGCCCCAGGUGGUACAGUUAUGAAACAAUUAGGUAUGACUCCAGAUUCAUUUGUUAAAUUAUUUAAAUAAAUAAAUAAUUUUUUUAAAUAAAAUAAAAUAAUGUAAAAAAAAAAUAAAAAAAAAAAUAAUGGUUUAAUCAUUUUUAUAUU